GCGAGCCGGUUUAUUUAGACCUCUUCUUUCCGAGACGAAAACGAAUAAAAGAAGAGUAAGUCAGCCAUCGCCAUCGUCUAGAGCUAGCUCGUUCCAGGUAGGCCGCGCGAAGACGCCAAGAACGCGCGCCAAGCCAGCAAGCUGCGUCGCGCUAGUUAACCUGCCUCACGAGCUAACUUUCUGUGCGGCUUCGCGAGCCCCCAAUGGAAGAAGCGAAGCUGCUCCUCGUCCUCCUCCCGCCUCCCUCAUAUUUCCCCCACCCGCGCCGCACCCUCCCAACCAUGCGCCGGUAUAAACCGCCAGGCGAGGCCACCUGCCCGCUUUACUUGUUGCGCUUGCUCCCGUGAUCGAGGUCGAGGCGAUGUCGUCGUGGCGGUUCCUGCCCAAGAACGGCGUCGCCGCCGGCGCCGGCGAGGACGCGUACUUUAGCGGCGGCGUCGCGCUGGAGGUGACCGUCCUGUCGGCGGACUCGCUGCGCCUGCCGCCGUCGUACUCGCCGCUGCCGCGCCGGCUGCGGCCGUACGUGACCGUGUCGUCGGACGCGCCCGCGUCGACCUGCAGCACGGCGGUGGCGGCGGGCGGCGCGCCCAGCGGCGAGCACUCGUGGGGCGACACGCUAGUGGUCCCCGUGGGCGCGGAGUUCCUGGAGGGCCGCGCCGACGUCCGCGUGGCCGUGCUCUCGGAGGCCACCUGCCGGCUCGUCGGCGCCACGCCGCUGGGGUGGUGCGGCAUCCCCGCGGGCGACGUGCUCGACGGCCUCCGCCCGCCACGCGCGCUCCGCCGGCUCAGCUACUCGCUGCGGUGCCCGCGGCGCGGGGGCGCGCCCCCCGCGUGGGGCCACGGCGUCGUGCACCUCGCCGUGCGCGUGCUCGGCCUCAGCGGCGACGACGCGCGGACGGGCGCACCGGCGCCUGCCGCGGCCACGACGGCGCCGGUGCAGCAGGGGUGGUGCCGCGUGGCGAUGGGCAUCCCGGUGUCCGGGGCGUCGUCCGCGGCCGCGUCUGCCGUGGUCGGGAUGCCUCUGUCGUGGGGCGCGGCGUCACGGUGAGGCGCGCGGCGGCGCAGGAGGGUGGAUGAUUGGAGGAGAUGGCGACUAGCCGUGGAAAACCGGUGGAAGAACUUGUGCCAUCGGGGCGACCAGGUCGCGGUUGCGCCCUUUUUCCGGCGUCACGACGAGGAAUAGCGGCGGGGAAAGGAGGGUAGUGCGUUAGUCAAAGCGUCAAACCAACUGGUGUGGCUUCCAUGCAGCAUCCUGGCUGGGUUAAAUGUGUAAGGCUGACGUGUGGGACCGGAACUGACACGUGUACAUGCAGUUUAGGAAGGUUCCUGUUGAAUAGUGGCUUUCCAAUCGUAAAUUUCCUGUCCUACCCCUCCCUCCAAAUUAUUAAUUAUU